GUCGAUCUCUGCUCGCUCUCGCCUUGCCGCCUCCGACCCGCAGCGCCUCCAUUUCUCUCUCGCUCCCAAUUCCCGACGCCAGCCAGGUUCGUGUGUUCGGCGGCGGGCAUUCAUGGCGGGGCAGUCCGACCCGCACCUCUCCAUCUUCUCGCCCUCCGAGGUGGAGUUCGUGGCGGAGGAUGAGAUCGUCCAAAUUGUCCCCAACAUCCGCAUGGACGCCGUCAACAUGAUCUGCGGGGAUUUCGGGCCCUUCUUCCCACAGAUCCCCACCAAGGUGCCGCUCUGGCUCGCCGUCGCGCUCAAGAAGCGUAGCAAGUGCACCAUUCGCACCCCAGACUGGAUGACUGUUGACCGCUUGACACAGGUAUUGGAAGCUGAAAGAGAGUCGCCUCGAGAAUUCCAGCCAUUACCAUUCCACUAUAUUGAAAUUUCUAAGCUGCUAUUUGAUCAUGCUCGUGAUGACAUCUCAGAUGCAUACCUGGUGAGAUCUCUAAUUGAGGACAUCAGAGAUGUCAGAUUCCACAAGGUUGAGACUGGAUUAGAGACGAUAUCUGGACGCACCCAUGCUGUAAAGCUCAAAAAUCUCUCUGCAAUGGAAGUGAACAUUGUCCGUCCUUUCAUGGUGAGAACUUUGCAGGCAUUCUAUAAGCACGAUUGUCCACAGAUGAUUCAGCAAGCAGAUAAUAUAGGGAGCAGAGCAACACCAGUUACAGACCGUGCUCCAAGAAGAGAUCUAAGGCGCAGGUAGUGAGCAUGACUGCCACUUGUAUUGUCAAAUAAUUCUGAGGACAGCAGUAAGUGAAGGUACUGGCAUUGCUUUCUUGCAAUAGUACCAGCUAAGUGUGUGCUAAUGUCCUAACGAGCCCUGAGAUCUAUCAGAUAGUAAAGCAAUGGUGCAUCAUAGUUUGUCUACUCUUUAGAGGGAACUGGCACUGCUCUUCUCCAUUUGGAAAUUGUACUGUAGCUUUGUUUUGCCCAAAGAAUGACUUGACUUAUUCUUAUUAUAUUAAAUGCAAGUGUGUUGCCUCA